UUUCAGGAUUGAAUCAUCGGUUGUGAAUCGAGAAGUGAAAUUCACGCGCCACCGCAGCGAAAGCCGAUUCUUUUUGCUAUAUUUGUAGCCACCACCUCAAUUUUUCAAUGUCCAAUAAAGCCUGUACCAGAACGACGCCCAAUUUCUCCUCUUCACAUGUUCGUAUCUUCUCUUUUCCACCCAGAUAUUGUUAUUCUAUAACUAAUUCAAACGAUCGACGAACAGCAAUAUCGUUAUUCUAAACCCGUUUAAAGAUCAUGAAAGGCCUUUUCAAGCCGAAGCCACGAUCGCCAUUGGAGCUCGUCCGGUACGCGCACGAGCUCCUCCUCUUCAUUGACCGGAGCGAUGGGGUUCGUGAGCAAAAACGGGAAGAGAAGAUAUCUGAACUGAACAAAACCAUCUCUCAAAUGAGAACAAUUCUUUAUGGAAAUGGUGAAGAAGAGCCAAAUCCAGAUGCUUGUGCCCAAUUGACUCAGGAGUUCUUCAGGGAGAACACGUUUCGCCUGUUUAUCGCUUGCAUUCCGAGGCUAAACUCCGGGCUGCGCCAAUGUGCAACUCAUGUUCUAGCCAAUCUGCAACGACAGCAGGUUAAGUCGCGGAUGAUCGCCUCCGACUACUUGGAGAACAACAUGGAUAUUAUGGACAUUCUGAUACCAGGGUACGAAGAUAGCGACAUUGCUUUAACUUACGGUGCGAUUGCGAGCGAAUGCAUACGACAUCAGUGUGUUGCUAAGUACAUCCUGGAAUCCGAGCAUAUAAAGAAGUUUUUUUAUUACGUCCAGAAUCCAAUAUUUUACGUAGCAUCAGAUGCUUCUGCAAUUUUUAGAAAACUUUUGACAAGGCAUAAAUCUACUGUUACUGGAUUUCUUACUACAAAUUAUGAGUGGUUCUUUGAAGAGUACAAUACACAGUUGCUAGAAUCGUCGAAUUACAUCACGAAACGACACGCCGUGAAGUUGCUGGGCGAUAUACUACUUGAUAACUCUAACGCUGUUGUGAUGGUUCGAUACGUGAGCUCAUUGGAUAACAUGAGGAUCUUGAUGAACCUUCUCAGGGAUCCAAACAAGAUGAUACAAAGAGACGCCUUCCAUGUGUUCAAGCUAUUUGUUGCAAAUAAAAACAAGCCUCAAGAGAUCACAGGUGUACUCGUUGCUAAUAGAACGAAACUUCUUCGACUUCUCGACGAACUUAAACUAGAUAAAGACGAUGAAGGGUUUGAAGAAGAUAAAGCUCAAGUUAUGAGAGAAAUCUCCAUGCUCGAGACAGGCGAUCUCUGGUCUUUAGAGAUAGAGAAAGACGAGAUCCAAUGCUGAUUUCAGCUUCGUAUGUUCGUUCUUUUUGCUCUCUCUUUGUUAUUGCACCUUAAAACAGGUCGAGGUAAACAUACAAGUCAUUGUUUUUCUGCCUAUUAAUAUGAAAAGCAUGGAGAUUUAUCAACGUAGAUUCAUCGAGAAUCAUCAUAUAUCACCAAAGUAUAAUGUAAAUUCUUCAUUUGAUAUAGCCAUUCUUUGUAUAGAUAAUACACCUUUUGUGAAUCAUUUAUAUAUUGCUUCCAUUGUGUUCCUCUUA